AUGUCUUUCUUUUCCUGCCGGUCUGCAGUCCGUCAUUUGAUCCAUGAAGGCCCGACCUUGAAGACCCAGACCUUAAAGGCCCAGACCUUGAAGACCCAGUCCUUGAAGACCCAGACCUUGAAGACCCUGACCUUGAAGACCCAGUCCUUGAAGACCCAGACCUUAAAGACCCAGACCGUAAAGGCCCAGACCGUGAAGACCCAGUCCUUGAAGACCCAGACCUUGAAGACCCAGCUGGACCUUGAAGACCCAGACCUUGAAGACCCAGAACUUGAAGACCCAGACCUUGAAGACCCAACGCAAAUCUUGAAGACCCAGACCUUGAAGACCCAGCUGGACCUUGAAGACCCAGACCUUGAAGACCCAAACCUUGAAGACCCAGACCUUAAAGGCCCAGACCUUGAAGACCCAGUCCUUGAUGACCCAGACCUUGAAGACGCAAAUCUUGAAGAGAGCCCAGACCUUGAAGACCCAGACCUUGAAGUCCCACCCCUUGAAGACUCAGACCUUGAAGACCCAAACCUUGAAGGCCCAGACCUUGAAGACCCACACCUUGAAGACCCACACCUUGAUGACCCAGACCUUGAAGACCCAGACCUUGGAAACCCAGACCUUGAAGACCCAGACCUUUAA